CUUGGCUGGUGGGCCUCAUAAUAACUACCACUGUGAAUGCUUCCCCAACACUCGAACACGGACGCCACUUUAAAGAAUUAUUUCAGGAGCCGAAAGUAUUUUUAACGGUGUCAUCCUUAGCUGGGUAUGAAGAUCAUGGGAACGAUAACAGUACUUUACUUGACCGGAAAGUUGUACUGAAUUGGUACGGUCUGAAACGAGAAUCCAACAGCUUUGUAGCGUUAUACGACAAGGAUCCAAACUCAUUAUUGGCACAAGUCCUGAAAGUAUCAGCUCUUUACACGACUUUUUUUGCUAACAAUUUUUCUCCACAACGAGACAGAGUGUGACGCCAAUCCGCUAUAGAAGACACAAUUUGACAUCACACUCACUAAAAUGCACCAACUAUUGGAUUGCAUACUGUAUCAAUGAUAAAAUUGUGCAAAGCAGUUGCUUCAGAAUUUACCCAACAUGGAUGAACGACAUAAAAGAUGUUAUAAAAGAUGUUCCUUUGCAUUCCAUUAUGUUGGCAGGAACUCAUAAUUCGGGUGCAUGGAGUGCCUACCUGGGGAAGAAGUCGUCGGAUAAUGUUCUUCUAAACUAUAUCAUCUGCCAGGACGAUUCAAUUUACCAACAGUUGAUACAUGGUAUUCGAUAUCUUGACAUACGGGCAGCAUAUUACCCGGAAACAAAAGAAAAGUUUUGGGUCAAUCAUGGUGAAUUCAGAGUUCGUCCAAUGAAUGAAAUUCUUCAAGAUGUAAAACAAUUUGUGCAAGAAACGAGCGUAGUAUUCCUCGACUUUCACCGGUUUCCCGUGGGUUUCAACGAUAAUAAAGUGCAUGAGGUUUUUGUGAAACUGAUUGAUAAAGAAUUGGGUGCGUUUUUGGCUCCCAAAUCUUUAACUAGUAGAGUAACACCAAAUGACUUGUGGAAACUAGGGAAAACUAUAAUUCUUGGAUAUGCGGACGGUACAAGUGUUGCAAACAAUAACUUUUUGUGGUCAAAUGUGGAUCAGGCAUGGGGAGAUUCAAAUAAUAUCCAUGAAUUGGAAAAAUUUCUUAGCCGCUCCAAUUCUGAACGAGGAUGCAAAGAUUUUGGAAUACGAGGCUACGCCAACAUAUCAAACCCCCAAAUUAAAGCAUGGUAUCGACAAAGAGAUUGGCAUCAAACAUCAACAUCAACAGCGAUGAAGCAGUUAGAAAGUGUGAGAGGCGAGAUGAGACUCGUCUAAUAAAGCUGGCAGCAACAAACAAACCCUCAAAAAAUGUUUGCGUCGUCUGCCUGCUUGACUGACCGA